UUAUAGAACGGAAAACAUACAGGAAUUGUCAAUGUGUAGCUGCUCGCUGAUGGUAACAGCUCGGGAGGAAAAAUCCUUCAGUUACAUGUGAUUGAAAUAAAGGACGUUUGUUUUAGAAAAAUUAAAAUAAUAAUAAUAAAAAAAAAAGGAAAAUGUCCCGGUGUGGCGCGUGCCGUGUUACGUUUUCUGCGGAGCGGGGACUGGACUGUGAAAAGCGACCGUAGCGAUUCUGUUUGUCCUUUCUGAUUUUUGUUUAAAAACAUAUAUUUUCUCCUUAAACAACAACCGCCGAUGAUUUCAGCCAGCGAUCUGUCGAAGGGGAGCGUCGAUCAACCGCAAGGAUGAAAUUUACCGAGCAUUUGGCGGCUCACAUCACCCCGGAGUGGAGGAAACAGUACAUCCAGUAUGAGGCUUUUAAGGAGAUGCUGUACUCCGCCCAGGACCAGGCUCCAUCGAUUGAGGUCACGGACGAGGACACGGUCAAGAGAUACUAUGCCAAGUUCGAGGAGAAGUUCUUCCAAACAUGCGAGAAGGAGCUGGCCAAAAUCAACACAUUUUAUUCAGAGAAACUGGCCGAGGCCCAGAGGCGCUUCGCCACGUUGCAGAAUGAGCUGCAGUCGUCUCUGGACGCCCAGCGCGAAAGCAGCCGCGCCCCUGGCCUGCGUCCUCGCCGACGCGCCGUCUUCCACCUGUCCCAGCAGGAGCGCUGCAAACACCGCAACAUCAAGGACCUGCAGCUGGCCUUCAGCGAGUUCUACCUCAGCCUCAUCCUGCUGCAGAACUACCAGAACCUGAACUUCACCGGUUUCCGGAAGAUCCUCAAGAAGCAUGAUAAGAUCUUCGAGACGGCGCGAGGGGCCGACUGGCGGGUCGCUCACGUCGAGGUGGCACCUUUCUACACCUGCAAGAAGAUCACGCAGCUCAUUUCCGAGACAGAGACCCUGGUUACCACAGAAUUAGAAGGCGGUGACAGACAGAAAGCCAUGAAGAGGCUUCGCGUGCCUCCCUUAGGUGCAGCACAGCCCGCGCCGGCGUGGACCACUUUCAGAGUUGGACUUUACUGUGGAGUCUUUAUUGUAUUAAUGGUCACCAUCAGCAUCACAGGCAUAGCACAAGUUCUGAAGUCUUCUCAGGUUAGCGUGUGGCCACUGAUACGGAUCUACCGUGGCGGGUUCCUGCUCAUCGAGUUCCUCUUCCUGUUGGGCAUCAACACGUAUGGCUGGAGGCAGGCGGGUGUCAAUCACGUGCUCAUCUUUGAGCUCAACCCUCGCAACAACCUCUCGCACCAGCACCUGUUUGAGAUCGCAGGCUUUCUCGGCAUGUUGUGGUGCGUCAGCAUUUUGUCCUGCCUGUUUUCGGAUUCCUUGAAUAUCCCAAUUCAGGCCUGUCCUCUGGCGCUCUAUGGCUUCUUCCUGCUUUUCCUCAUCAACCCCUUCAAGACGUGCUACUACAAAUCCCGCUUCUGGCUCCUCAAGCUGCUGUUCCGAGUGGUCACCGCUCCGUUCCACAGAGUGGGCUUUGCUGAUUUCUGGCUGGCCGAUCAGCUCAACUCGCUGGCUGUUGUCCUCAUGGACCUGGAGUACCUGAUCUGCUUCUACAGCGUGGAGCUGGACUGGCCCCAGUCCUACAAAGAUCUCGAAUAUAAAUACGGUACGUGCAACACAUAUUCGUACGGCGUCCGAGCCGUCAUCCAGUGUCUGCCGGCCUGGUUCCGCUUCGUGCAGUGCCUGAGGCGCUACCGGGACACGAAGCGUGCCUUCCCUCACUUAGUUAACGCCGGCAAAUACUCGACCACUUUCUUUGUGGUAACUUUUGCGGCACUCUACAAGACCCACAAAGCCGACAACCAUUCAGACACAGACAUCUUCUUCUACCUGCUGAUCGCCUGCUCGAUAAUUAACUCCUGUUACACGCUCAUCUGGGACCUGAAGAUGGACUGGGGUCUGUUCGACCGCAACGCCGGCGAGAACACGCUCCUCCGCGAGGAGAUCGUCUACCCACAGAAAGCCUACUAUUAUGGUGCCAUAUUAGAAGACAUCAUCCUGCGCUUUGCCUGGACCAUUCCUCUCUCAUUGGGGGUACUGACUUCGUACCCCUUUAUAGCCGACAUUGUGGCCACUGUUCUCGCGCCACUGGAGGUCUUCAGACGCUUCGUGUGGAACUUCUUCCGUCUGGAGAACGAGCACCUGAACAACUGCGGCGAGUUCCGAGCGGUGAGGGACAUCUCCGUGGCUCCGCUGAACGCAGAUGACCAGACGCUGCUGGAGCAGAUGAUGGACCAGGAGGACGGCGUCAGGAACCGGCAGGGCAAGAAAAGCUGGAAGAGGAGCUACAGCAUGUCGCUGAGACGACCUCGUCUCGCCUCCCAAUCCAAAAUGCGAGACACCAAAGUACUGAUCGAGGACACGGACGACGACACCUGACCUCCGCCCUCUUCAGGGUCUCCCUCAUACUCAUGAAACAGACCACGGUCCCUUUUGGGGACUUUAGCCUUUCGAAGGCUCUCCAAUCAGUCCAUCACAAAGCUGCCUGUCUACACACACACAUACAUAUAAAUAUAUAAAUAUAUACACACAAAUACGGUCUCAGAGAUGAAACCAAACCUGACACUUGACUCACUAGCACAGGAUCAGCCACUUGAUUAGUUACUGUAUUACUCCUCGAAUUUCAUCGUUACUGCCUUGAUUCUUUUCUGUUUGUCCCCAAAACAAUACACACACAAAAAAUCUGUUUAAACGUUCACGUUGCAACAGGGAUCAAAGCGUGAUAAUCAAAAAUAAGACUUUCCAGAAAUGUGUGGUUAAACACCACGUCUCUGUGUAUGUAGUGUUGUCCAUGUAGCAGUCCCCUUAGAUGUAUUAGCCAUCAUCUGUGGAUACUUUUUUAUUAUUAUUAUUAUUAUUAUUAUUAUUAAAGAAUGUACAUGACUUUUGUUAUUUAUGUGAAGGAAAGCUGCCUUUGGACAAAUGAUUUAGAAAGAUUCCACGACAUCUGCCCCAAAGAUGGACCUUCGAUUGGUAGAUGCGCUUCGAAACCCUCAGGUGGCUUUGAUCGGAAUUAUUAAUCACACCACUAAUGCAGGUACGACUAGGACAACAAAAACAAGACAAAACACUGAACUACUAGCUAGCCGACGCGUGACGUCCGCCUACUUUUUUUUGUCGUCGUUUGUAUUAUUAUUAUUAUUUUUUUUUUUUUUUAAGCAUGAUGCCAAUGCAAUCUGAACGAGUGCUGCUUCAUUAGAACCUGCGGGAGUUUUCCGCCCCGCCGGGUUUUAGCUACACGGCUCAUUCCAGAGCACGCCAAAAUGGAACAUUCCACGAGAGCUUUGUCGUGAUUCGAGCAGGGAAUUAAAGGCCUGGACUUUUAAAUGAGCAGGUCUGCGUUAGCAAAAUCAUAAGCUGUUCUUUUAGCGUCGCUAGAACCCCAUCUUCUUCUUGAGCUAGAACCUACACUGAACUUCUCUGAGCAUCUAUUUAUUUUGUACAGCAAUCCAUCACAUUCCGGUGUGUGUUUGCGUUCAUUCCACAUGAGCUGAGCUCUGUCCACUUUUUUUUUGUUUGUUUGUUUUUUUCUUUUAAAUGGACGUCUUUCAGAGUUGCAGCUGGUCCGUAAAUGCCACCUAAGGGUUUUUCUUUGUUGUUGUUGUUGUUGUUGUUGUUGUUGAUGUUUAUAUAAAAACCAGGAAAAGAACCCGUGUUCUUCUUGAUUCUGGUUUGAAGAAAUUAUGGACAAGACUCCACAGACAUCAUUUCUUUUGACCUACAACAAUCCAGAAGCUCUGGAAAUGUCUCCAGGACCCGUAAUAAUGGAGGAUUGUAAAGUGGCGUGCCUCAGGGUUCCGUCCUGGGUCCAGUUCAAACGGACUGUUACAUUCCAGGAGCGACAGGAAAACGCGACAGGUUCCCACUCCCGCUUGUUAUUCUUGUUCUUACCGUCGUGGUGCACAGGAGCCGGGCUACAUUCGCCCGUUAUAAACUUUUAACGAUUCACGUCAGUGCAUCUGCAAUAAUCCAGAAAGGCUCCUCUUCGAGAUAUCAUGUGUCCUACUGUCCCAAGUAAAAAGCUUGGACCAAAAAAAAAACAAAACAGUCGAAUGUUUUAUUGUUUUGUUUCGUUUCGUUUUCAUCCUUAUUUUGCUUCGUCACUGCUCAUGAUUUUUCCGACUCUGACUGCCAUUACUUUCUGUUUGGUCUUGUGCAUAUUGGUCUUUUUUUUUUUUUUUUUUU